CGGCACCUGAGUAACCCGGCGGCAUGGAAGCAUCCUUGUGUUUGGCAUGGCGGUAGACUGAACCCCACUUACAGCAACUACUGGAUGAGGGUGGUGGCUGGUGGGUGGGCCAGGUGGAUGGCCAGCAGGCACCACACUACAUGCCUGGCCCGUCACCCCACAGCCAGGAACAUGGGAGUACAGUGCCCCGCCUCCACCUUGUGUACUGUGCCCUCAAUAGCCAUGCCACCAAGUCAAAGCUGCUCACUCAUGACUCAUCCUGCAUACCGAGUGUGCUCUUCCAAGUGGCUGCCUCAGUGGUGGUGGAGGGUGUCCAGGAAGCCAGCCAGGUGCCUUCACACAGAUGAGAGGAAUUUGGACCAGGUUACCCCCAGCAUGGGAGAACAGUCCUCCUCCUCCUCCUCCUCCAGUAUGGUGGGGGAGGUGGUGAAGCUGUGGACUCAGAGCCUUGAUGCAGCGGAGGUCCCUGAGGCACUCCUGUCGGCCCAGCACAUUGUGGCACACAUUCUUGGGGUCCCUCGAAGUGAGCUCCAGAGAGACAGCACCGUGGUGAUAACACUUACGGAGCAGCAGCUGGAGGAGGUGGAGCGACUCAUGACCUGCCGCCUAGCAAGGAUGCCUUUGCAGUACAUUCUUGGCGAGUGGGACUUCCACUGCCUCACCCUCAAGAUGGUGCCGCCCGUGUUCAUCCCUCGCCCGGAGACGGAACAGCUGGUGGAGUUGGCCCUGGCACGCCUGCGGGGGCUGGAGGCACCAAGAGUCCUGGAGAUUGGUUGUGGGUCAGGAGCCAUCAGCCUGGCCCUCCUCCAUGCCCUGCCACAGGCGGAGUGUGUGGCGGUGGACCAGAGCAAACAUGCAGUGGAGCUGACGGAGGCUAACGCGUCACGGCUGGGGCUGAGUGAGCGGCUGACUGUGGUGGCAGGGAAAGUGACCAUCGGUGCAAGACCUCCACUUCCUCACUCCAGCUAUGACCUCGUAGUGUCCAACCCUCCUUAUGUCCUCAGGAAAGACCUCAUGGAAGUCCAGCCAGAGAUUAUGAUGUAUGAGGACCUGCGAGCCCUGGAUGGAGGCAAGGAUGGCCUGGAGGUAGUCAAGGCAGUGCUGCAGCAUGCUCACCUCUUGCUGCCACCAGGCCAAACACUUCUGCUGGAGGUGGAUCCCUGUCACCCUUACCUUCUGCCUGCUUGGUUGGAGAAACAAGACCUGAGCCUGAAGCUGGUGCAGGUUCACCAAGACUUCAAUAAGAAAGAGAGGUUUAUGGAGUUCAUCAAAACGAGUUAAUACACCACUUCCAUUGGUAAGGAGGACAGAAUGUGUAUUAAGUAGCUGCUCAGCACCUUGGUGGAUUGCAUGACCCUCGUGUCCAGUCUAACAGCUUUUUAAGGGAGACAUUAUAAUAUUCAUAAUGUAACGACCAUAUCAUUCCUACUAGAUGUCAAUGAAAUGAAGGAUGUAUGAAUUAAUUUUAUUUCCAUUUAAAAACCCACGUAUUAAAAAUAUUCAAAUAGCCCCAAAAUGUGGAUCAUGUAUCCACUUAAAAAAUCAGCAAGCUUACAGGUAAAUUAGCCCAGUAGCAGCAGGGAUCAUGAUUCUUAAUGGUCCCUCUAAGCGAGAAAAAUGAAAAAAAAUCACCCCUCACACAAACCAUUUCAUAAUA